GGAAGAGGUGGAACACAACAUCAGUCAGGAGGGAGAUCAUCUUGAAGGACUGGUGGCGUUCCCAGUGACUGGUGUCCCUGUGAAGAGUGAAGAUGAUGAGGUCAAAGGUGAAAGUGAGGAGAAGAAAGGGGCGGAGCCUCCAACACAACACAUGACAACAGAAGCUGAUGGAGACCACUGUGGAGGAUCACAAGCAGACAAGCUCUUAGCUCCACUAUCAGAUAGUGAGGACACAACGUCACACUCUCCUGACACUGAUGAUGAAGACUCUAAAGAUGAUAAGACAAACACUCACUUCAAAUGUUCUCACUGCGACAAAACCUUCAAUUACCGUCGUAAUCUGAAAACACACACGAGAAGACACACUGGAGAAAAACCCUUCACCUGCUCAGUAUGUGGUAAAAGUUUUGGACUAAGUCAAAAUUUGAAAGUGCACAUGAGAACACACACUGGUGAAAAACCUUAUGUCUGUUCAAUCUGCGGUAAAGGUUUUGGAACGAGCCACAAUUUGAAAUUACAUAUGCGGAUACACACCGGAGAAAAACCUUUUACCUGUUCAAUAUGUGGUAAAGGUUUCACACACAGUCAGAGUUUGAAAAGACACACAAUAUUACACACUGGGGAAAAAAACCCUUUUACAUGUUUAAUCUGUGGUAAAGGUUUUGUUCUAAGUCACAAUUUGAAGGUGCACAUGAGAACACACACCGGGGAAAAACCUUUUAUCUGUUCAAUCUGCGGUAAAGGUUUUGCACAAAGUUCAUGUAUGGAAAAACACAGAAGAAUACACACUGGGGAAAAGUCGUUUAUAUGUUCAAUCUGUAGUAAAGGAUUUGUACAAAGUAACAAUUUGAAAGUGCACAUGAGAACGCACACCGGCGAAAAACCCUUUUCCUGUUCAACCUGCGGUAAAGGUUUUACGGAAAAUCAGUGUUUGAAAAGACACAAGAGAACACACACUGGUGAAAAAUCCCAUUCCUGUUCAAUCUGCAACAGGAGCUUUUGUGACCGACCAAACCUUGUAGCACACAUGAGGACACACACGGGAGAGAAAGUGUGUAGUUGCAGUGUGUGUGGUGAAAGAUUCUCUUCUAAGUACCAGUGUAAGAAACACAAGUGUGCUGGUGAGAACAGCAGCAGCAAAUGAAACUGCAGGAUUUGAAAUAAACUGUCAAGACUUUAAUUUUGACUUUCUAACAACAUCAGCACAUAUAACAUGUGUGACAUUGUUGUUUGUGUACCUUUUUCAACUUAUAUUCAAUUGAAUAGACUGCAAAGACAAGAUAUUUAAUGUUCACACUGAGAAACUGUUAUUUUUUUGCAAAUAUUAGCUCAUUUGGAAUGUGAUGCCUGAAACAUGUUUAAAAAACAAGUUGAAGAAUGCUCAUCAAACACUAAUUUGGAACAUCCCACAGGUGAACAGGCUCAUUGGGAACAGGUGGGUGCCAUGAUUGGGUAUAAAAGCAGCUUCCAUGAAAUGCUCAGUCAUUCACAAACAAGGAUGGGGCGAGGGUCACCACUUUGUCAACAAAUGCGUGAGCAAAUUGUCGAACAGUUUAAGAACGACAUUUCUCAACGAGCUAUUGCAAGGAAUUGAGGGAUUUCACCAUCUACGCUCCGUAAUAUCAUCAAAAAGUUCAGAGAAUCUGGAGAAAUCACUGAAUGCCCAUGACCGGCCGUUACUGCAUCAAAAAGCGACAUCAGUGUGUAAAGGUUAUCACCACAUGGGCUCAUGAACACUUCAGAAAACCACUGUCAGUAACUACAGUCGGUCGCUACAUCUGUAAGUGCAAGUUAAAACUCUACUAUGCAAAGCUAAAUCCGAUAAUCAACAACACCCAGAAACACCGCCGGCUUCGCCGGGCCCGAGCUCAUCUAAGAUGGACUGAUACAAAGUGGAAAAGUGUUCUGCGGUCUGACGAGUCCACAUUUCAAAUUGUUUUUGGAAACUGUGGACGUCGUGUCCCAUGGACCAAAGAGGAAAAGAACCGUCCGGAUUGUUAUAUAGCAUGUGUGAUGGUAUUGGGGUGCAUUAGUACCCAAGACAUGGGUAACUUACACAUCUGUGAAGGCACCAUUAAUGCUGAAAGGUACAUACAGGUUUUGGAGCAACAUAUGUUGCCUUUCAAGCAACAUUAUCAUGGACGCCCCUGCUUAUUUCAGCAAGACAAAGCCAAGCCACGUGUUAUAUCAAGGUGGCUUCAUAGUAAAAGAGUGUGUGUACUA